GAGAGAGAGAGAGAGAGAGAGAGAGAGAGAGAGAGAGAGAGAGAGAGAGAGUUGAAGAACGUACACAUAGUUUGCCUUCUCCUCCUCCUCCUCCCCUUCCUUGUCUCUGCAGACAAUCCCGAAAUUAAGACGAAUGCACACAUCCGCUCCGACCGGACCGGGGUGCCAGCAUUUCUGCACGCAUGGGGAAAGCUGCAGGACGCGACACCGGCGCUACCCGCAUUGCAUCACAGACACGACUCCCGGUCCCCCGCUGUCUUCAUCCUCCCACAUCAGCCCGAGCCGGCCUAAAAGGACGUCUUUCUCUAUUCGCCGGUGCGGCACAAAAAGGCAUCUUCGCCGAUGAUGAAAUCGAUCCAAACGGCUUGCUCGUGUGCGCAAAAGCCGUGAAUUACGCGCGGCGCGAGUAACUUUCCAGAGCCGCCGAAUGGCUUGCGCAUCUUCGACGAGCCUGCGGGUGGCAUCCAGCGAGAGCUCCCACGCGUGUCAUUUGCAGCCCGGUCACGUUAUCGAUUAAGGAGAGCGGCAGCUAGGAGCAACCUGUGGCAGCGCGCGUCCUUGCUUCAACUUGCGUCUUCUUUCCGCGAGGUGCAAUGGAGCGACGUCGCAGCUGACGAUUUGGAAGCGUCGGGAGGAGCGGAGUCGCCCAGGGGAAAAAUGUAUGGGCGGUGCACGCAGGAGCUGGGUGCCUACGCUAAGGCGGAAGCGGCCCGCCUGCGCGAUGGCGGCGUGCGCAACGGCGAAGGGCUGCGGCGGAACGCCAGCGUCCGAAGUCGUGCGGCGGAUCUGCACGAGUACCAGAAAGAACCGUGCGCCAAGUGCCGGUCAUGCGCCUCCAGCUGUCAGAAGUUUCUGAUCUCGCGGCUGGGAGAGGACUGGAUCUUCCUCAUCCUACUGGGGCUGCUCAUGGCGCUGGUCAGUUGGGUCAUGGACUACGCCAUCGCCUUCUGCCAAGAAGUACAGAAGUGGAUGUACAGCGGCCUGGACAAUCAUCUGCUGCUGCAGUACAUCGCCUGGGUCAGCUACCCCGUGGUGCUCAUCACGUUCUCGGCAGGAUUCACGCAGAUCCUGGCCCCGCAGGCCGUGGGCUCGGGCAUUCCAGAGAUGAAGACCAUCCUGAGGGGGGUGGUCCUCAAGGAGUACUUGACUUUUAAGACGUUUGUGGCCAAGGUCAUCGGGCUCACCUGCGCCCUGGGCAGCGGGAUGCCUCUGGGGAAGGAGGGACCUUUCGUACACGUGGCCAGCCUGUGCGCCGCCCUUCUCAGCAAAUUCAUGGCCGCUCUUUUUGGCGGAAUCUACAUGGAAGAGCCCUUCGAGGGAAGUAAGAAUGAGUUGAGGAACACCGAAAUGCUGUCGGCCGCUUGCGCGGUGGGCGUUGGUUGCUGCUUUGCUGCGCCUAUCGGAGGGGUGUUGUUCAGCAUCGAGGUCACGUCGACGUUUUUUGCCGUGAGGAACUACUGGAGGGGCUUCUUCGCUGCUACCUUUAGCGCCUUCAUCUUCCGAGUGCUGGCGGUAUGGAACCAGGAGGAAGAGACCAUCACAGCUCUCUUUAAGACUCGCUUCCGUCUGGAUUUCCCCUUUGACCUUCAGGAGCUGCCGGCCUUCGCCGUUCUCGGGAUCGCCUGCGGUUUCGGCGGCGCCCUGUUUGUCUACCUGAAUCGGCUCAUCGUGGAGUGCAUGAGGAAGCAGAAGACCAUAAACAAGCUCUUCCUGAGGAAUCCGUCUCUUCCUGUCAGGCGUUUGGCGUAUCCGGCGCUCGUCACCCUGCUGGUGUCCACGCUCACGUUCCCUCCGGGCCUCGGGCAGUUCAUGGCGGGCCAGCUGACGCAGCACGAGUCGUUGGUGGCGUUGUUUGACAACCGCACGUGGUGCCGCCAGGGGGUGGCCGAGGAGUUUGACUACAUCAGCCACCACCACCACGCCUGGAAGCACCCGCAGGUCAACGUCUUCAUCACGCUCGUCCUCUUCAUCGUCAUGAAGUUUUGGAUGUCCGCCGUGGCAACCACCAUGCCCGUUCCGUGCGGGGCCUUCAUGCCGGUUUUCCUCAUCGGUGCGGCAUUUGGCAGACUGGUUGGAGAGAUCAUGGCUGCCAUGUUUCCUGACGGUAUCCAUGCCGACGGCAGGGUCUAUCCCAUAGUUCCCGGCGGUUACGCUGUCGUGGGUGCUGCGGCGCUUUCCGGGGCCGUCACCCACACCGUGUCCACCGCCGUCAUCGUCUUCGAGCUGACGGGCCAGAUCUCGCACAUCCUGCCCGUGAUGAUCGCCGUGAUCUUGGCCAACGCCGUGGCCCAGGCGCUCCAACCGUCGCUGUACGACUCCAUCAUCCGCAUCAAGAAGUUGCCCUAUCUUCCCGAGUUGGGCAUGGGCCAUCACGAGAAGUAUAAUAUCCGCGUGGAAGACAUCAUGGUGCGGGACGUGCGCUUCAUCACGCUCACCUCGUCUUAUCGGGAGCUGCAGGAGAUGCUGCUGACCGGUCAGCUCAAGACGCUGGCCUUGGUUGAAUCUCGAGACUCUAUGAUCCUCCUGGGCUCCAUCGAGAAGCUUCAGCUGCAGUCUCUGCUCUCGCUGCAGCUGAGUCGCCAGCGCCGGCUGCGCCAGCUGCUAUCCCGGGACAGCGACCCCAACGACAACCUGACCAGCCUCACCAGCCUGACUAGCGACAGCGCCCCCACAUCCCCGCGUAACAACGCUCAUCGAGGGGUUCACUUCUUGGUGAGCGCCCAAGAGAUCUCCACAGAGGAGUCGUCCUCCUUCGCCUCCAACCUUCGCCGUCCUCUCAAGUCGGCCCUCAAGAGCACGGCGGCCGUCAGCGACGCCGACCCGCCCGACGCUUUUCAGAUGCUGUCCUAUGCCGAGCAAGACGAAGAGAGGCGAGAGAGUCCGUGCGAAAGGAGGAAGCCCAAACGCGUGAGGAUCUCGAUGACGGACUCGACUGAAGUAGACGAUUGUAUGAGCCCAACUGAGAUCACCGAGUGGGAAGAACAGCAACUGGACCAGCCGCUGGAUUUUAAGAACUCCAAGAUCGAUCCGGCUCCAUUCCAGCUAGUGGAGCACACCUCGCUUCAUAAGACCCACACCAUUUUCUCCCUUCUGGGUCUGGAUCACGCCUACGUGACCAGCAUGGGCCGUCUGGUCGGCGUCGUGUCGCUCAAAGAGCUACGUAAGGCCAUCGAGGGCUCAGUGACGGUGGCGGGGGUGAAAGUGCGCCCCCCACUGGCCAGUUUCCGUGACAGCGGCAACACCAGCAGCAUCUCCGAGGUCACAGAGCUCCACAAACUGUGCAUGCGCCACCGGGGACUCUCGUUGCCGCGGGAACCCAGACCGCCGGACCAGGCGGAGGUCCGGCCAGACGUGGCGUACCACGAUACGCCCGUCGACGCGUCGGACCAGACCGAGCCGGGCGAGCCGACGCUCCGGGAGAGCCCCUCGUUCACCGAGGACCAGUCGGACUUGACCUUUGACUGCAGCCCCGCCCACACGGAGGAGUCCGAGCUGGUUUGUGACUUUGAACCACCGCCGGGCCAAACUCCCGAGCCAGAACAAGUGACGCCAGGAAGCUGGAGCGCCCCUCUGAGUGGGGACCAAUCAGAACCAGAGGCAAGACCAAUCGCUGACGAGUGAUGAAUGUUGACUUUUCUUCCAUUAGAGUAGCUCCUCCAUUUGACACUGCCUCGCUUAAGACACAGUCUGGGGGAGAACUAGCGAUGAAUCCAGAGGCACAAAGUCCGAGGUUUUUUUGCGAAUGUCUUUGCGACCGUUGGCGAGCUUGAACCAACGCUGACAUACAAAACACUCGCAAAACUACGCCUUACCUGCCUUCCGGACCAAUAGGGGGCAGUGUCAUAUUUUUUGGUAGGGUGACACAUUUGAUUGGGCUUUUUUUUUCCCAUUUGUGUCGUUAUGGGGAGCCCAGAUGGUGCAAUAUUUAGCCCACAAAUAUACAAGUAUCUAAAAGUUCCUUUGUUGCAGUAGCUCACUUCAAAAAGUGGUUCAUUUGCGUCACCUGUAAGAUAUGAUAGUCAAGAUUAUUUGAUUGAAUCAUGAAAUAUUGCACUCUGAGGUAGUGAAUCUAUCUGUAAGAUUCACAUUUUAAAUUGAUCUGUAAUCCAAUUUAUUAGGAUGCAGCUAUAGAUCCUUUUUUGGUACAAAUGUUGUUGACGUAAAAUUAUUCACAUUCGCACAAUGCUUAAUAAUAGCAACUCUGAACAAUAUAACAAUUGUAUGAAAUAUGUUAGUCACAUCAUAUUUUAUAUAGAUAGUCUAACUUGAUUAAGGCCCCUUCAUUUAAAAAAAAAAAAAAAAUUAGUUCUGCACGCCUGCCUCAAAUUACUGACAUGAAUGUUUGAAUAGAAUAGAUUCCAGUAGGUCACAAUAUGACUUGGUUGUCAUAUUUCUUGGUUAUGGGUCAUCAUCAUCAUGUUGAUGGACGCUGCAGAUGUUGGAUGAUGACCACCAAGUCUUGGCGUGCCUUCAUUCCUUGCGUACGGACAAAAAUGAAUCACGAAUGACGAGCAAAGGUCAAGGCUGUUAACUACCUAAUUGCCAUAACAUAGGACAGCUUCUAUUCGAUUGUCGCCACUUCUUAUAGAUGACAUCAACGGAUAUGCAAUAAACAAACGAUGGUAGCUAAUGCGAAAUAAUUCACCCAGGCGACGUUCUGCCACGUCUGACGUCUUGUGUGACAAUGUUACGAUUUUUUUUUAAACGUUGUUUGUCCACUCUGAAGGCGCAUCAGGGCCGCAAUGAAAAAGAAAGCUCAAUACGUUAAGAGACAAACGACCUAUAUUUUUUCAUGUUGGAAUACUAUGAGAAUGCAGUUAUAUAUUUUUUCAUUAAAAUAAUUUGGGAGAUAAAAAGUUGUCUACUCUCCAGGUUUAAGAAAUGGAUGUUAUGAGAGUAAAGUGGAAAAAAGGGACGUUUUCUAGGAAAAAAGGAGAAAACAUUUUCAAGAACCAAGCCACACUUUGAAGAUUUGAGUCAUAAUAUUCUUGUCAUAAUGUAGAUUUUCAACAUUAAAAGUCAUAUUUUAACAUUUCUAAAAUAUAUUCAAUAUAUGCAUUCUCACAAUAUUACAAUUUAUUCUCCUAAUAUUUUGUCCUUUUGCCUGGAAAAUGUACAACACUUUUCAUAAUAUUACCAAUUUAAUCUAAAAACGUGCAAUUAAAUUUGCAACCUUAUACUCUUAAUAUUGUGACUUAAAUCUUGAAGAUUACAAUUUUUCAAUCCUAAACGUACACAGUGUGGACCAUUAGUCUCAUAAAAUGACUUACUAUUUUUUCUUCCUUGAAAGCAUGGAACCUCAAAAGCACAACGUUAAUAUUGGCCCCUACUCUCUUUGAUUGUGUGACAACAAUUUAUGGCAGCUUUCCACCAGACUGACAACAAGCGCAGGGCUUGGAAUUGGCGUGAAGAUGGACAGGUGGCUUUUAUAAGGGCAACGUAGAAAUAAACAUCGCCACCAAGAAUAUAAAGAGACAUUAAAGUAAUCAUUGUACAGACAUCGCUUAAAAUGUCAAAAUAACGGGGAUUGAUCAGCCUCAAAAUGCAUGUGGACAUCCUUACUCGGGCUCACCAAACGAUUUGCCUAGAUCAGGUCAUCAAACUCAUUUUGGCCGCAUCGUAGUCAUAGUUGUCUUCUGAGGGCCAUUGUGACUGUCAACCCAAAUAAAUGUACAAACGACUCCUAUUAUAUACAGUAUAGGCUACACAACAAACGGAUAAAUAACUCCUUUUGAAACCAGAGACUACCGUUUUUUCCAUGUAUAAUGCGCAAAAUUUAACUAAUUUAUUGUCCUAAAAUCUGGGGUGCGCAUUAUACAUGGUACAAAAUAUAUAUAUAUAUAUAUACAUAUUAAUUUUUUUUAAUCGGAAUAUGAUACGGAGGCCGCCAUUACAGAUGCGCUUUCUACUCUGCUGUUCACUUCAAACACACUCCAUACGAACACAAUGCUCUGGUAUCAGACGCUUGCUCGAUCACCUGCUCGUUUGCUGUCACAAUGUACCCUACACAAAUCCGAAACAUUUCUUCGCUAUCGAGUUUGCUAGCGCAUGCGCAGUGAUACUGACCGGCGGAAUAACAUCCGGUUGUUCCCAAAGAUGAUCUUUUUUCUGAAAUCAUUUUACGUUCACCGACUUAAGUAGGAGUCAAAAUUUGGGUGCGUAUUAUACAUGGGUACAGGCUUUUUUCCAGCAUCAACAUGCCAUUUUUAGGGUGCGUAUUAUACAUGGGGGCGCAUUAUACAUUGUAAAAAACGGUAUAAUGACAGUGCGGGUCAAAAUUGGCCCGCGCGCCGCAGUUUGACACACCCGGCCGAAGUCAUGAUAUGUUUAAAUCUGCAAGGGUUCUUUUGACUUACAUUUCCGCUGAAAUCCACGUCAGGGGUAUUUCCUCCGCCGCCGCCUAUCCAAAAAGGAGGUGCCACAUUCAGAUGGAUUAGGGAGGCUCCUAAUCAUCUAUUUCAAGUUGAAU